GACUCAACUUAUAAGGAGCAACAACACCUCGUUCGCCUGCUUAUCCCCUGCUAAAAAACCUAAAAUUUUACCCCGCCUUUUCCCUUCCUUUCAGAACGAAUCCAUUAGAUGGGGUGUGAGACUAUGCCCACAAAAUCUUCCUUAGACCAUGGAAUGCAGGAUCGUGAGGCCCUGCAGCUUGUGCUGGAAAAUUUAUCGAUGAUUGGAUUGAAUUCUACGUUGUUUGAAAAGGAUGCGCACCCAAGUAUAUCAGAAGACAAUGAUCAAAUACAGAUAGAAAGACGCCGAGUUAGUGCAAAUAUUACCGAAAACAUCCCCGUGCCGUCGUCUGAACAUGUAGCUGAAAUUGUUGGUAAACAAGGCUGCAAAAUCAAAGCACUCAGGAAUAAAACAAACACCUACAUCAAAACUCCCGGAAGAGGAGACGAACCGGUGUUCAUUAUCACUGGAAGACGCGAGGAUGUCGAUAUGGCUAAGUCCGAGAUUUUGCAAGCGUCGGAACAUUUCUCCAACAUCCGAGCGCAAAGAAAAGGAGUCGCGCCACCACCAAUUCAGCCGGGGCAGAUAACUAAAACAAUCCGAGUUCCUUAUCGAGUUGUUGGACUUGUAGUGGGACCCAAAGGUCAAACCAUCAAGCAAAUUCAGCUCAAAACUCAGACUUAUAUAGUUACUCCCAGCAGAGAGCGAGAUCCGGUGUUUGAAAUAACUGGACUUCCUGAAAGUGUCGAGCAGGCUCGUAUAGAAAUUUCUAAUUAUAUUGCUGCAAGAACUGGGACUUUUAUUGACUCAGAAAAGAAAGCGAUUGCUCCAGCUGUCUCUGUUGCUAAUACUUGGAACGGGGAGAGAUGUGUCAGUUAUGCCAAAGAAUCUGUCAUGCCAGAAGAGAUAAAUGAAUUUCUUGAAGAAAUUUUCUCUGGUGGACCAAACGGCCGAUCUCCGAUUGUAAAACACGACAAAAAACGAAAUAGCCUGGAUGCCUUAAGUGGUGACCACGGUCAACCGGAAUCGGCCAGUGCACAUGGCUUGAAUGACCAAUAUGCCAUGUGGAAUCAUGGGUUUGGUGGCAAUCUGAAAUCUGUGCUUCCCAUGAACUCUUCAGUUUGUAGCGAUAUCAUGCAAACGGGUUGCGUGUCCAACGACCCAUCAUCUUCUGGGUCAUCAAGUGCUUACUCAUCAUUCAGCUUCGAAGCCUCGCCUCUUGUGCGGUCGUCUAGUUACCCGGUCUCCGUCAAUAGUUCGGAGGUCGCUAACGUUGCUAAUGAAGUCGCAGCAGCUGCCAGAAAAGCUUCAGACAAUCAGCUGCCAAAUGUGCACGAAUCUGCAUCUAGUUCAGUUGCGUUGCACGCCCAGCAAUGGGCACCUGCUAUGACCGCUGGUGGCUCAGUGGUCGAUCCUCAUUUUGUACCGAUGACUUCGUCCAUUGCAAACCCAAUCGGGACUUAUGUGCUAAAUGGUGUGAAUAAUGCUAAUCGUGGUAUGGACGGUGCCGCUGCUCGUUUGCCAGUACCUCUAAUGCCGGUGCUAGGAGUACCCGACGAGGCGAUCAAAAAUUGUGUGAUAUGUAAAACUAACGGAAUCUCAGCUGCGCUUGUACCUUGUGGUCACAAUCUGUUCUGCUACGACUGUGUAAGCUCACUCGUGCAAUCUAAUAACUCCUAUUGCCCUGUUUGUCAUCAGCCCGCUGACCAUGCGCUUCGAAUUCUGCAGUAAAUUGCGCAGAAGAGGAGUAUUUACGCGUGCAAGCAUGAACGAUCAUUCACCAGAACUAAUCUUCGUUGACUAGAUGGUUAUCAUGGAGAUCAUUGAACAGUCCUUGGACAUCUUAAGUUGUUUGUUGUCAUGUUUGUAUAUAGCUAGCUGAACAACUUAUUUUACUACAACUUUGUACGAAAUUACUAACAAAAUUUGUAAAAUACUAAUUUGAUAGAUCAUAGAUGUUUUGACGUCCGUGAAUUGUGGGUGAGUUUGUUUGUAUUUAGUUUCAUUAUAAAUGUUCUCAGCGGAGUGGAAACAGCGGUAUUAUAAAGCCUAAUCGGUGGUGCAGUUUUUUUUUACUUAACGAGAGUAAUAAGAUAAAUGUUAUGGUUUUUACAUAGAUUUUAUCAUAGAGUUCUUUAUUUUCAUACAUAGCCACUAUGUUAAACUAUUGGAUGUUCGAUUUUCUCUUGAAAAUAUUUUUAAUGAAAGGGAUACAAAACUGAAUUUUGGAGAUCAGUGUGUUUCAUCAGGAGAAAAUGGAAAUCUCGCCAGGCAUUGCAACUUAUUUUUAUUGAGAAGCUGCACGUAACAUAUUUCGGUGUCACCAAAUAGUCUAUAUUACCAGUGCUAACGUUCAAUUUUAAAUGUCAAAAUGUGUAUUUUGUGCAAAUUAUUUUAAUUUAGAGCAAAUUAUUAUCUGUUUUAGUUUAUCACUUUCUGUUCUCUGAUUCGAGCGAAGAUAUCCUGUAUUGAAUCCUGCAAUUUUGACAGCACUGAUUAAAGUGAAAUAAAUUUAAAUUUAAAGGGCUCUGCUUUUACUAAGGUGUUCAUUUUUUCUUUUGCUACCUCUUUGCGUUCGUUUAACAUAUUGCUUAAUAGCCUAGCAUCAUAACUUUUAUUUUAUCCUCAAAAUGAUAUUAUUUGAUGAUCUUACAAUUUUCCUUCUCAGCUAUCAAUUAUUCUCAGAGUUAUAUAUCAAAUGUAUUAGUUUUCUUUUCAUAGACAUAUAUUUAUGGAAAUGUUAUUAAUCCUUGUUAAAUUGAAAAAUUCAGUAGAUUCUAUUCUCGGCGAUGCAAAAAAAAAGCAUAUUUCCUGGAUUAUACUGUGACAAAAUUUGUGAGCACCGAAAUCAUAUCAAUCCUUGCUAGGCUCUAGUUUCAGAGCUGAUGAAAAAGGCAAUCUGAAAACUUUCUUUAAUUUUUCUUAGUCAAAAAAGACCGCAUAAUGUUUCAGUGCUCACAUUUUAGUAGUGCUGGAAACUUAUGUUUUUGUAUGACUCGUCUUCGCUAGUGCGCUGAAUUCAGAACUGAUCUCAGUUAUAGUCAAUAUUUUACAGCCUAUUAUUUUGUCGCGUUUAGUUUUUGUUUUCUUUCCUUCAAAGAGUUGUUAUUCAUUUCCACAAGAUGAGCAGUUAAUGCAGUUGUAAGGAUUCGCUUUUCACCUUUGCCACUUUAAAGUUUCUAAUUUGGAAGGACUAUGUGUUGCCAUAAAGGUUUAUCGAAAUGUUUAUGCGUAUGUAUUCAAAUGUCACUUAACGUUUUCAAUACAUUUUUCAAAUCAA